GUAACAGCUUCCUUUUUCAGUUUCUACAAGAAAAUUAAGGUAGUAACAUGAACACCGCACCCGUCGCACCAAAGCCUGUGUCGCUUCAUUUAUUAGAAGAACUUACAAAUGAUUUCUCUCCGGACCGGAAACUUGGUGGCGGCACGUAUGGAGAUGUUUACCUGGGAGAGCAUAAAAAUGGAGAAAAGAUUGCCGUGAAGGUGCUUAAAGAAGGUCUGGACCUUAACGAUGAGGAAUUUCAGAAGGAGUAUCACAACCUUGCAAAUCUUCACCACAAAAAUGUUGUCCGGUUAGUUGGAUAUUGCCACGAAACUAAGAGAGAAUUUGUACCGUACAAGGAUGGGGUGGUUUUUGCUUAUAAUAUAAAAAGGAUGCUUUGCUUCGAUUAUAUGCACAAUGGAAGCCUUGAUAGUUUUAUUUAUGAUGAAUUUAAUGACCGUAAUUGGUGUACACGCUAUGCAAUAAUUAAGGGAAUAUGCGAGGGCUUGGAAUACCUUCAUGAGAAAUUAAAACCUCCUAUGUAUCAUUUAGAUUUAAAACCAGCCAAUAUAUUACUGGACGAGAACAUGUCAGCAAAAAUCGCAGAUUUCGGCGUGUCAAGGCUGUUCUUAGAAGAAAAAACAAGAAAGACAAACACUGUUCUAGGAACACUUGGGUACAUACCACCAGAGUACAGAAAGGAAGGUUUGAUCACAAUUAAGUUUGAUAUAUUCAGUUUGGGUGUCGUGAUCAUAAAGAUAAUGACCGGACGAGAGGGCUACUUCCGAAUUGAUGAUAUGUCUUCCCAACAAUUCAUUGAGCUCGUACAUAUGGACUGGAUGAAUAGGCUACAAGCGAUAUCAGUGCACCUAUAUUCUGUACAAGUAAGGAGAUGCAUCGAAAUAGGUUUAAGUUGUGUGGAGGCUGAUCGACACAAAAGGCCAAGUAUUGGGUUAAUUGUCAGUACUCUUAAUAAGACGGAAUCUUGUCUCCAGAUCCUUGAUGCAUUAAGAAAUGACUCAGCCUCAUCGAUAAACCAGCUGUGCCCUUGCAUUACCACUGAUGAUAUGCUGGAUCUCCUGAAAGAAAAAUUGAUCUCUUAUCAACUCUGCAUAACUGACAAUAGAAGUGAGGCGCACAUAGUUACAAUAACAACCACUUGUGAUCCGGAAGUUGGUACAUCAAAAUCUGAGCCGGUCAGACCGAGAAUCAAGAUCAUAGACUACGGGGAGGGUUUGAGCGCGGCGCUUAACAUGGAUGUGCAUUCAACAAAGCCUUGGAUAUUAAUAUGCGAUGCCGAUGGCAACGUCUCUAUUUGGAACCACCAGAACCAGGUAUGUAAUAUCAUCCUUCUGUCAUUCCCGAUGCAAUGUGCAAUGUCAAAAUUAUUAUAUAACAUAUAUCUUUCAUUCUAAAUUAAAUUACUCAAA